AAUACAGACGCAACCCUCUUUUUUCCUUUCUCCCUCUGCGACAUUAAUCUACGCACCUGCCCGGGACUGCCUUUUCCUUCUUUCCGGGGCUGGUCUGCCUGCCUGCCUGCCUGUCUUGGUUCGGGUAUCAGACCGAUCCUCCCUCAGGGCAAGACAGAACCCUCGCAGACUUGUCGGAUAAGGGUUGAUUGUCCUCUUUUUCUCAUCCUCGUCCCUCCAUCACCCGCUUUCUACCCGCCUCCUGCGUCGGUCGUGAUCUGGUCCGAGGGGAGCGCGGGGGGCCCGGCCGCAACCGCCACAAGUCCAGCUCCGACGACGACCCGGGCGCCAGACCAUCAGUCAGUCAGGGGGGGGGGAAGGGCUAUAGCACACAAAGAAAGGACAGAGAGGAAAAAGGAGAGUCGUAGCAAACAAGAGCGCAGAGACGCGCCAUUUUGCGGAGCGGGUUCGUGCAGCUGGGCACGUGGCCUCCUUUCCCUCUCUUUCUUUCUCUCUCUUUCUCCUUUUUCGUCGUCUUGAUCCCAUCUUCAUCUCAUCGUGUAUUGUAUCCUUGUCUCUUUUUGGAGGGGGAGAGAGAGACCUUGUCCGAUCAGACACUGCUCCCGUCGGCCUUGACUGACACUUUCGCUCGUUGAGAUACUGGACUGAAAGGUUACUCGGUUUGCAUCGGAAACGUUGCGUUGGUCGCAACUGAGUGAUUCACUCGUGCUCGGGGAGAGAAAGAGAGGCCAGGACAGAAGCUGCGUGAGGAUAUCGCGACAGCAACCGCCGUCCUCGGAUCGAGCAACCCAGCGAUGCGGUAACAUUGUUCCUCCCCAGCAUCCGCCGCAGUACUCAUACACACACACAUAUACACAUAGUGUGGUCACCAACCCCAGGGGCCUUCCUUCGCCGGGCCUCUUGCUUUCCCUCUCCCCUCCCCCAUCAUCAUGGCCAGCAGCAACCUCUCCAUCUCCCCCUCGCGGGCCCUCACCGCCGUCCCCGAGUUCGACGAAAACGCCGUCUCCCCGCUGUCCUCAGCAUCGCCCACCAUCGAGAGCUUCCACAUCGGCAGCCUCGACCGCCAGGUCCAGUACCAGACGUACCAGCGCGUGCCCUCGCACGUCGCCGCCGAGGACAGGGUGUCGACUGAUUGCGGCAGUCGGAGCAGCCGCAGCGCCGCGACGCCGGCCCUUGGCAGUGUCGAGGCGGACAUUGCGGACGAGCAGGACGCGGCGCCACAGCAGCAGCAGCAGCAGCAGCAGCAGCAAAACGGCGGCGGCCCAGAUGCGCCCUCUGACGAUAAUAAUAGCAUCACCAAUACUACUAAUGAUAAGCGAUUCUCGGUGCCGCUUCGCGUGCCCGUCGGCUCCAAGAGCUCGCCGCCGCCGUCGUCGCGCAGCAGCAGCGUCUUGUCGAACCACCAUCACCACCACCAGCAGGAAAGGCAGACGUCUCCGCAGCCUCGCCGCAGCGAUGCCGGCGCGGCGCGCUCUCGUCACGGCCGAACCAUCAGCUGGCCCCUGAGCAGCGGGGAGCCCCCCGUCCCGCAGCACAAGGGCCGGCUGUCCAGGGCGCCGCCGUUCCUGGGUCGCAUACGAGACGCGCUCGUCCCGGGGCGCUCCCGGAAGAGACAGGUCGCCAGCCUACCGAGAGGCAGGGCAGUGUAUCCAGAGGCACACGCGCUGCGACAAAGUCACAUGCCGCAACAGCAGGAGCAGCAGCAGCAGCAGCCACCGCUUGAAGACGAUGAGCCUCCCUCCUUGCGGUCUGGCAGCGAUAAUAAACAACCAGGGGUAGGGGUUUCGUCGAGUGGGCUGGACGACGUGGAGGCGGAUGCGGGAGACGACAGCUGCGACGAUGAGGUGUUCAAGAGGAAGUUUGCCGAGCCGCCGACGUACUGCUGGUCGAGGGAGGACAUCCUCAAGAAGCGCAACAGCUGGAUCUCCGUCAUCAUCCUCGCGCUGUCCGUGUACUCGACCGUCAUGUCAGCGCUCUGGAUGGUGGUGGCGUUUGUGCAGCCGCGCUGGGGCCACAAGAUCUCGUCGCGCGGGGGCGGCGUGAUCCCAUCGACGGCGACGCUGGUGACGGCGCUCGUGGCCAAGACCAUCGAGCUCUCCUUUGUGACCGUCUUCAUCUCGUGCGUCGGGCAGGUGCUCACGCGGCGGGCCAUCGCGCGGCGCUCGACGGGCGUGACGCUCGCCGAGAUGACGAUGCGCAACUGGGUCAUCCAGCCGGGCUACCUCAUCACGCACUUUGAGACGAUCCCCUACGCGGGUCUCACGGUCCUCGGCGCGCUGUCCCUGACGGCCACCAUCGCCGCCAUGUUCUACACCACCGCCUCGGACGCCAUGGUCGCCCCCAAGCUCAAGUUUGGCGCCUGGGAGGCCGUCGAGCUGCAGGGCCGCGUCCGCUCCUCGUACGCAAACGCCGCCUACGUCAAGGAGGUGUGCCCCUCGCUCUUCGACACCGUCGCCGACCCCAACGCCCAGGAGUCGUGCCUCAACGUCCAGUUCUCGGGCCAGUCCUUCCGCAACCUGCUGUCCUUUAUGACCGAGUGGACCGCCAUCAGCGACAACGGCACCAGCCGCGUCGUCGGCACCGUCGGCCGCCGCCCCGCGGGAACCACCCUGCUCUACGACAACACCACCAUGUCGUCGGCCUGGAUCCAGACCGACUCGAGCGACGUCGCCGCCCAGGCCAAGGCCCACGGCGGCCGCAUCAUCAACAACGUCACCCUCGCCAUGCCCCAUCCCGGCGUCUACACCGCCGCCCGCGACCCCGUCAACGGCAUCCUCCAGCCCGACGACCUCGCCGGCGUCGGCGAGUACGCCAUCCGCGCCGGCGUCGUCUCCCCCGCCAUCAACGUCAUGUGCGUCAACAUGGACCAGGACGAGCUCAAGCCCCUGGUAUACAUCGACUGGCCCCAAGCCCAGACCAUGAAGCUGCAAGACGUCGGAGUGCAAGACGUCAGAUGGAAGCAAUGGAGCAGCGAUGUCCCCACGUGGUUCGACGCCGACGGCAAAAAGGACUAUCUCAACCAGACUGUCGUCGACGACAUCUUUCGCUGGGGCCCCAAGUACGACAGGAUACCCCCCGUGUUUCAACUAUAUCCCAAGGACUACAACACCGUCACCAACUCGACCGGUGCGCCUGGCGCGACGGCCUUCUACGUCCUCGCCAAGAGCCCGCUCAUGACCAACUAUACGCUGUGUGAGAUGCGCUCCUUUGUCUCCCCGGCGUGCUCGACUCACUUCAACAUCUCGGGGACGGCCGGUGCCAGCAUGCAAGCCCACUGCGAGGACCCCAACGACAUGGACGCAUACCACUGGACGCCAGAGAAGUCCCCCGACUUCAAAGGCGAGUGGCCGACUGCGUCUCUCGACUGGAAGUGGAUCGCCGCGCAAUGGGGACUUUCCAUGGCCCUCAACGGCGGCGUCACGUACAGCAACGCCUCUUCAGCUCGCAUCCUGACGCAGCUCGCUUUACAACACCCGACCUUACCGCCUAUCCAACCGUCCAUAGCCGAGGCGCUGGCCGUGUACGCAAGCUCCACGCUGCUCAUAUCAUCCAUUGACACGCCGUUCCGGCACUACUGGGACUACAACAAGCAUAUCCUUGGUGCGCCAGGAGCCCCGGAUUCCUUCCACAGCUCCGUCAUAACGCAGCAGUACACAUCCGGCCACAUCAACUCGUGGCAGCGCAUAUUCUACGUCGUUCUUGUCAUCAUCUUCAUCAUCAACGUCUGCUGUCUCGUGCUCGUGCUCUUGCGCGCAGAGCAAGUCACCGACUACACCGAGCCGCAGAAUCUGUUCGCGCUGGCGAUCAACAGCCCUCCAAGCGCGCAGCUCAAGGGGAGUUGUGGCGGGGGUCCGCAGCAGCGAGAUCUUGUUGUGCCGUGGCGAGUGGAAUAUGCGAAAAACUCAAACCAUUAUUUCUUCGAGGAGGCCAACGAGAGGCCCUGGCGAGGAAAGUACGCGGUGGAAGGCCUCAGCACCGCCAGGGACUAUGUCGCGAUAAAGGGGAAUAGUUAUAAGAGGUUGAGUUCCAGCCGUGGCUGGCUUUGAGGGGUUGAAGAGAAACUAAUUAGAUAAUGGCAUAAUCGAGCGAGCGCGAUCAACAUUCAACUGUGACGAGUGCUUCUCGCAGCGACGUGAUGCU